CGGACUGCUGGGAUCAGAGCCAAGUGUGCCACUGUCCUCAGUGCAUUGAGAACUUCACCGCGAGGCCUGAACUUCACAUAAACACUGUGCUGAAUGAAGUCGUCAAGAAAUUACAGAAGGUAGGACUCCGUUCUCCUCCAUUUCAGAAUUAUGCUGACCCUGAAGAUGUGGAGUGUGACUUCUGUAUUGGGAAGACGUUCAGAGCGGUGAAGUCCUGUCUCACCUGCCUGGCCUCUUACUGUCAGACUCACCUGCAGCCUCACUUUGAAAUAGCAGCCUGGAAGGACCACAAGCUGACUGAUCCUGAUUGAAAUCUGAAGGAGAAAUUCUGAGCAAAACAUCAGAAAUGUCUGGAAAUAUUUUGCACAACUGAUGAGAUGUGUAUCUGCUCAAUGUCUGUGGUGACUGGACAUAAAAAUCAUGAAUUGGCUGAGCUGGAGAGAGAUAGAGAAGAAAAAGUGAAACUGCUGCGGGUGACACUGAGUGACAUCAGGAAGAAACUUGAGGAGAGAGAGAAGAAACUGAAGGAGACGAGGAGGGUGAUGGAGCAGAAGAAGAUAUCAGUGGAAAGAGAGGUAGAGGAAAAUGAGAAGAGCUUCACUGAUCUGACGCACUGCAUUGAAGAAGCUCACAAGAAAUUGGUUGAAAAGAUUAGAGAACAAGAAAAGAGAGAAAUAGAGAAGGCUGAAGGAGUCACAGAACAACUAGAGAAGGAGAUCGAGGAGCUGAAGAAGAUAUAUGCUGAGCUGAAGGAGCUUUCAGAGACCAAGGACAACAUCCACUUCCAGCAGACUCAGACUUUUCCAUCUUGCCGUGUCCUUCCUGCUGAUGGAGACUCGCUCAACUUUGCUGUCAUUGCUGAUGUCUCUUCAGAGGACAUGAGAAAGGAGCUUUCAUGUCUGAAAAAGAUUCUGGAGAAGAUCACUCAGUGGGACAUCAUGACAUUGACAUCAGGUCGUGAAGCUCCAGUUCUCAUCCUACAGCCCCCUGAGCCUCGGCACAGAGACGAGUUUUUACAAUGUGAGUUUGUGCUUUGACUCAACAGAUCAUCACAAUUGAAAUUGUUUCUCUUUUAAUAUCUCAAGUCAGGUUAUGAUAUGAAAGUGUAACCAGCAGAAAGAGCCGUGUGAGUGUUGUGUGACUGAUGAGG